AUGGGCGUCCCGUUCGACUUCGCGCCUGAGCGGCCAGAACACAUCGACGCCAUCCUGAACGGCCUCGAUCGAUACAACCCAGAAACCACGCAAGUCUUCCAAGACUACGUGACCGAACAAUGCGAGAGCAAGACGUAUGAUUGUUACGCCAAUUUGGCUCUCCUGAAGCUCUACCAGUUUAACCCCCAUCUCACCAAAGACGAAACCAUAACCAACAUCCUCGUCAAAUCCCUCACUGUAUUCCCCUCACCCGACUUCUCGCUCGCCCUCCAUCUCCUUCCGCCACACAUCCUCACACCCGCCUCUACCUCGUCAGCUCUACCAGCUGCCGGCGACGCGCCUCUGUCAGAAGCCGUCCAAAAGCUCAACGUCCUCAACAACCUCCUCGCACAGGCCUCCUACGCUGCUUUCUGGAGCACCCUCGAUAGCGACGACCUCUACGCGGACCUCAUUGCCGACGUCGCAGGUUUCGAAGAAUUAAUCCGCAUCCGCAUCGCCCUUACUAUCUCUCAAUCAGUCCGAGGAAUUGACCGUUCCGUCUUAGAAUCAUGGCUGGGGUUACAAGGCGAGACCUUCAAUAAAUUUGUCAAUGGUGUCUGCGGAUGGGAGAUUGAGGAAAAUGUUGUUAAGGUCCCAUUAAACAAGGAGAAUGAGGCGAAGGGCACGAUUGUCAGGGAAAAUGUGAAGAUGGAGCAGUUUUCGAGAGUCAUUCGGAGGGCUUAUGAGCAACCUGCUUGA